AUGUCCGUCACCAGUAGAGAGUACAAGCAAACUAAACAUGACCAGAUUGGCUUCAAUGGCUCCUCAUCUUUUGGCUCUCAGCAUGCUGGUCGUCCAGUCUGGAGAAGCAACGAAAACGUCAUGGGGUACCUCGUGUGUUCAACUCAGAACACCCCCUUCCUGCCCUCAGAUCAUGUCUGCAGCCUGCACGGAUGACCCUUUGAACUCCUGGAUCUUAGAGGGACCUGGGGGCUGAGGAAGGGCCCAGAGCUGUCAGGAAAGUAUAGAUUCCCGCCAUGCAGCCUCCCAUCUGCUGCAUGGGCCAAAGCGCUUCCGUACAUACACAGCAGAGUGAAAAAAUGAGUUUGCACCCAAGACUCUCAAAAUCUAACAGCCCGGUUACUUCUGGUGAUGUCGUGCAGAUGGCUUCAGUAACUAUUUUUAUUUGCUCAUCUGUAUUUCUUACUCUUUGUAUCAUUAGCCUAUCUUCCUUUUACUUGUAAUUUUUAAUCAAAGAAAGUCACUAAUGACUCAGCCUCCCAUCCCC